CUACCUUAAAGUUCAUGUUAAGCAUGGCCAAGAUCGGAUCUCUUCCCCGCAAUUUAAUCUACUUGACAGGGACGGAUUAUUGACCGACUCAAUGCUUGAUUAUAACCCUAGUAGGUCUUAGAAGCUUCCUUCAAGUAUAAGUUGAAGGCCUAGGCCGCCAAGAUACGAAGCUUUUUAAUCUCUAAUUUAACCAUCUUCCUUGCAUCGAAACCCGUGGACAUCAUAAUGGCAGCAAAAACUCUUUUUAGUCUUGCGUUGGCUUUCGCUGCGGUGGUGAAUGGACAAUCCAUCACUAUUAGCAAUUUCAACGAUGUAGCCUCGGCAAAGGCUUCAUAUACUUCGAUCACAAUAUCGUCGAUGGCUGUCCCUGCUGGAAAGACCUUGGAUCUCACUGGAUUAAAGACAGGCACAACUGUCACCUUCACUGGCACAACCACAUUCGCAUACUCGGCGUGGGUAGGACCCUUGGUAUCAGUGUCUGGCACGGACAUCACGGUCACAGGCACUGGUACAUUGGAUGGCAAAGGUGCCAGCUACUGGGAUGGCAAUGGUGGAAGUGGCGGCGUUAAAAAGCCAAAGUUUUUCCAAGCCCAUAACCUAAAUGGAAAGUCCAAGAUCACAGGGAUCACCAUCUUGAACUCUCCCGUCCAGGCAUGGUCUAUCGGAAGCUCCACAGGCCUUACAAUCAGCGGCGUUACUCUAAAUAACAAGGCCGGCACCGCCCUCGGUAAGAACACCGACGCCUUCGACAUUGGCUCUGUCGACCAGCUGACUAUCACCGGCGCCACCGUGUACAACCAGGAUGACUGUGUCGCUAUUAACUCAGGCACUAACAUUGUCAUUUCAAACAUGAACUGCAAUGGUGGUCACGGUCUGUCUAUUGGAUCCGUGGGCGGACGUGAUGACAACACAGUCCAGAAUGUCCAAAUCAAGGACAGCACCAUCACUGAUAGCGCCAUCGGUGUCCGAAUCAAGACCAAUGUCGGAACCACCGGUCUGGUGGAUAAGGUCACCUACUCAAACAUCAAGCUUAGCGGCAUUACUAAGUACGGUGUUAUCCUGGAGCAGGACUACAAUGGCGGAGACGCAAAGGGAACCCCUGACAACGGUGUGCCUAUUACCAACCUCGUCCUAUCUGGUGUCACUGGUACCGUCACCUCCGCAGGUAUGGACUUCUACAUUGAGUGCGGAUCCGGAUCUUGCUCCAACUGGACCUUUACCAACGUAGCUGUUACUGGUGGUGGCAAGACAUCGAAGUGUAACUACACUCCUUCUGGCUUCACCUGCAAAUAGAGACUCGUUCCCUGGGUUUGAGGAGAGUCUCUCAACUUUAUAAAAGAUAAAAUACGGC